AUGAUAACAGGAUUUCUUUAAAUUCUACUUGCAUUAAACUUAGUUGCUAUAUUUAUGCUUUCAUAUAAUUACUCGAUAGUAAAUAAAUUAUAUAUUUCAAGAGCCAAAAAGAGAUUGUAUACAAUUCAAAUUUUAGUCAAGAUAACUUAGAAAACAUUUAUUAGAUUGAAGAAAUCAAUAAUGUUCUAUUUCCAAUUCUAAACGAUUUAUAAGUAAUUAUUAUAUAUAUUUAGAAUGAAUCUGAUUUUUUUAUCUAUAGAUAUACUGAUACAUUGUUAUGCCCUAUAUAUUUGCAUUAAGAAGAAUGCGAAGUAGAAUCAUGCAAUUUUUAAAAUUUUCCUGGAGAAGAUUCUAUAAAUACAGUAAAUCUAAAAUAUGUGGGAGAAAAAUAUAAAGGAUAACAUGGAUAGAUGGUUUGGUUUAGAAUUUAUGAAGAUUUAGGAAACAACACAUCUUCUAAAAUACAUGCUGAAAUGAUGAACUUCAUAAAGGCAAUUCAUUAAUCAAUAUCUAUUUCAAUCGAUGAGUAAUUUGAUUAUGACUAGGUAAAUGGUCCUAAGAUUGACUUUUUCUUAUAGAGAGUUGGUUAUUAUCCAGAUAGAAUUAAAAAUUUAUAUUUUUUGGAAUAAAUACUAAUUAAAGCAUUAAAUUUUAUUAGACCAAAUCAUGAAUUAUAAUCAUCAACUUCCUUAAAAGUGUAGAAUUUAUAAUCUUCCUAUAACUAAAUGGCACUUUCUAAGUUUGAUCCAUUAAAUAAAUUAACUGAAUAGGAUUUAGAAUAGUAUAGAAAUGAUAUAAAAUUACUUGAUUCAUAUUUAGAUUGUGUACAUUGUAAAAAAUGCAAAUUCAAUGGAAAGCUUUAGAUUCAUGGUUUGAAUACAGCUGUUAAUUUACUAUUUUAUGAAAAAGAGAGAGAAUAAAUAGAAAAAAAUGAUUUGGUUGCUUUCUUUAAUACAUUUUAUAAAAUAUCUAACUCAGUAAAAUAAUUAGAUGCAAUGUUUGAAAGAAUAACUUAAAUAUUAUAUCAAUAUAUCAAAUUAGCAAGUUCUAGUUUUGCCAUAUUAUCAUUAUUAUCAAGUGUGGUGUUAUUGUUAAAGAAAUGA